AUCGGAUCUUUCGGGAAGUUCCAGAUUUUGGUGAUCUUCAUGGUAAUGGUUCCUAAGGUAGCCAUUGGAUACAACAUGCUGAUUAUGUCAUAUGGUGCUUACGUCACUGAUUGGUGGUGUGUUGAUGACGUCAUGUCUAAUAAUAGCAGGAAUAAUGUGACGUAUAAAUAUUGUAGCAAUGAUGACAACUCAACUUGUUCUAGAGUUUAUGAUGACUACACAAGAACAGUUGUAACAGAGGUGGUGUACCUCGGCUUCUCUCUAUGGUUUUGCUUUUGGUAUUGGUCAGUUAUCUGGAAACUUUUACCUGAAUUUGUUUUUGAUGUUUAUAUUGGAGUUCCCCAUUUUCAUACCUAUAAUAUAUGCCUUAAAUAAAUUCGGUCGGAGAACGGUGGCAACUGUCAUGUACGGUGCAGGUACUAUCUCCUGUAUAGCAGUCAUUAUCAUUCAAAAUACAGUGCCUUUCGGAUAUAAAGGUGUAAUGAUCACAACCCUAUCUCUAGCAGCUAGAUUAUUUAGCGCCAUGGCUUGGGCGGGUAUCAUCAUCAUCACCACCGAGAGUUAUCCUACUGUUAUUCGAAACUUGGGUUAUGGUGCCGCUAACACGGCAGCUCGUAUUGGAGGAAUUGUCGCGCCUUUUAUCUUCACCCCGAGCGGCAAUGAAAUGGUACCAUAUAUUAUAGUGAUCGUCUUACUUGGUUUAAGCGGGAUUCUAACCAGGUUAUUUCUACCGGAAACUCUAGGAUUAGCCAUGGAGGAUGUAGUACAGGUCGACCAGGAAGGGGACCAGGAAGGGGUACAAGAAACAAAAGACACGCCCACGAACGGGCAUCCAUUUAAAGAAACGCCAGACCUUACAAAUAGACAAUCAAACAAAGGCGAGGAAAAUAAGAAUGGCAGACGCGCGCCCAUAAUAUGUCUUUUCACUGAAAACACUAGACUUUAAUUCUGUGAAACAAACUAGAUGCUAUAUCGCAGCCCUCAUUAUACGGAAAUUGGAAGGGGGGUAUCAUUGACCCUCAGGGUAUGAAUUCUAAUUAAAGACGCACACCACGCCCUGACCCUUGCUAAUAUUGAUCAAUCUGUAAUCAUGAAUAUGUAAACCGACUGUGGUGGCCAAUUUCCUCCCUAUUUUUGAGGGAUACGAGAUAUAUGUGACUACUCUUACAAACGAUAAUGGGUAGUCUCGAUCAAUGCAGCCUAUAUUCAAAACUAUAGUUAAAUGAGUUUAAUACUAAUGUAUUAAUAAGAGGCCAGUAUUCACGGUAAAAUUCUAUAUUCAGCCCAUCAUUUCCUGGGGUUUUAUUAUUUUUAAAUAGUUUUAAUGCUUCCAAAAAUUCACGGUUGUCAAUUUUAUGUUCCAGCAUCUGACUUUGAUUUUCAUUUAAUUUUUGGAAGUACUGUUUCCUGAGGAAUAUUGUAUCCUCGAGGCCUGAUUUGUUAUGGGUAGUCUCUGAAUAAAGAUUCGAGUAAUAGUUAUAAAUUUCCCUUGAUAUUUCCUUUGGGCAAAUAAUUUCACUAUUAUCUUUUUCAAUUCUGUUUAAUGAUGUUGAUAUUUUAUUUUGUUUCUCUAAACUUAGCAAUAAUUUUGUAUUCUUUUCCCCUUUUCGUGCCACUCCACAUUAGAUCUUAAGAUAGCCCCACGGAUUUCUAUAUCAUAAAUUUGAUCAAGCUUGUAUUUAACGAAGUAAUAUUUUUCGUAUGUUUCGACAUCAUGAGUGUUUAAGGAUGAAAUUUUAUUUUCUAGACCCUGCAUUUCUUGUAUUAGUUUUUCUUUUAACUUACUUUUAAUUUUUUGUUUCUUUUUACAGUAUUUAAUGGUUUCAUUUUUAAUUUUAAAUUUAACGUAAUCCCAAAGUCCCCCCCCCCCCCUAUCUUCCUUAUCAUGAUAUUCAUCCUUCCAUAUACUGAUGGCGUUCUUUAAUAAUUUGUAAUAAUUUUUAUCUAAUAUCAGAUUGUUAUUAAAUAUCCAUAGUCCAGGCCCUCUUUUUGAAUCAAUAGUACAUAUUUUAAUAGCAAUUGCUUGAUGAUCACUGAAUGUGUUUGGUAUAAUGGUGCACUCUUUUACAAAAUCUUGAGUAGUGGCCGAGAUUAACCAAAAAUCUAUCCUGCUUUGUAUUAAAGGCUUAAGCUGUUUCCACGUAUAUCUACGUAACUUUGGAUUUCUAACUCUAAAUAUGUCGAUAAGAUUAAAAUAUUUUAUUAUGUUUAUAAUAGCUACCUUGCUGUUGUUUUUUAUUUUAUAAUUUCCACCCGUUCUGUCCAAGUCUUUGUUCAUCACAUUGUUAAAAUCCCCGCCUAUGAUAACUGACAAGUCGUCGUAAACUUCAAAAGAUUUGAGCAUCUGAUCUUGCAGUUUAAGAAAAUGGGCCUUUUGCUGAAUAUCUAUCGUGGGGCUGUACGUAUUAACGAAUAAAAAAUUAGUCUGUCAGCAGUUUAAAAUCAAAAUAAUAAAGUAUCCAUUUUCAUCAGCUGUAUAUGACUUAAUAUCUAGAUUACUCGAUGUAUUAAAUAAAAUGGCAGUUCCAGCUGAAUUACUCUUUCCGUGUGCAAAUAUUAUGUGAUCUCCCCAUUCUAGUUGCCAGGUGAUUUCAUCUGAGUUUGUGCUAUGUGUUUCUUGCAGAAAUAUAACUUUUGCUUUUUGUUCCUUUAACCAUACAAAUAUUUUAUUACGUUUGAUUUUAUUACGCAUACCUC